CGCCAUGUACUGACCAUAACAUCUAAAAUUUCAUUCGUCACUUUUACUCUAGAACAAUGGUUACGUGCUUGCAUAAAAUGUUAUUUGGCUGUUAUUGAAUCACUAAAAAGUUUCUUAAAAACUAUAUAUCCUCAAUGCUACCUCUAUUAUUCAAUCACUAAAAAGUUGCUUAAGAAAGAUCCAUAAGAGUGAAGUAUCUGGACCUGCAGGCCUGCAUUAGACACUUGAAAAGUACUAUGGUAAAAAUCAAAACAAAAUUGCAGGGAAAUGCCCUGCCGGCUCUGCUUAAAUUGAAGCAGCUUGGGAUGCACUAAACCUGGGGUACAAUGCACUGCCAAGGAUACACGGCAUACAAAAUUGUCACAUGUUGCUGUUUUGGUGAAGAAACUGCAUGUUAUUGCACGUUAGUCUCAUAUGACUUUUCCCAGAACAUACUGAACACCUGACAGUUUGAAUAAAAGAAGUGAGCAUAAGAGAAGUUGUAAUUUUCCUUGCAUUUGGAGCGAAACAGAUCCAUCCAGUUUUCUAAAACUUGGAGAAACUAAUUUUCGUGAUCGUAAGAAGGUGGAUUUCGUUAAACCUAAGCUUAAGAAUACACCCCACUCAAGUCAAAUACGAAGUUUCUAAUCAUAAUUCUGCCACAAUGCAUCAGCCGGUGGUGGAUGAUUCUGGUAUGUUUAGAAUCAGGGAGCAUGUUCUGUUAACCAAAUAUAUUCUGUGAUUAUCUAUGUGGUGAACAUCCAAAAUUUAAUUACUCCCUUAUUCCCUUUUAAUGAUCCCCUUUACUGUUCACACUCUCGAGCUAUAUCUUACUUUUUUACAUAUAUUUCCCUAGAUCAUUACGUAAAAUAACAGUCCUGUCAUCUUUUUUAUGUGGAACUUUUGAUGUAGUAUUUAAAAAUAGAAACUUCAUUUUAAAUUUUUAUUCCAAUUUUUGCAUAAAUUGAAUUGAUAAAAACUUCAGUAAAAUGUGAUAAUCCGGAAUGGGAAGAUUAAAUAGGGAUGGAUGAAGUGAGAACAUUAGAGGAAACUGAGAAAAUUGGGAAUUGGACUGCCGGUGCUUGGACUGCCCUUAUAGAGGAAACUGAGAAAAUUCCAGAUGAGUGUCUGCGCUUCUCACAUCCAAAGCACCAGCAUAAAAAUACAUCCUGACUUUAUCCAAAACUCAAUCACUAUUACUUUCUUUUACCUUCUUUAGUUCCCCAAAAAAUUAGCCAAUUUACCUUGAAUUACAAUUAUAAUAGAGACCUAAAUGUAGAGAGUUACAACCUGAAAUUUAACUACAAAUCACAUCAUCCUAAGAGUACAUGUGCCUCACUGUGCUUUGCUUAUAUUUCUAUUUUUUUCAUUUAUGGCUCUUGCUGAUUCCGAUCAUGACAGAUCCCCCCCCCACUCCGUCGAUGGGUUGCUAAAGGAUGUGGCAUAUCAACUCUCUACACUUGAAGAUGUUCGAAAAUUCUUCCAGGAUACACGGCAUACAAAAGUGUCACCUGGUGUUGUUUUGGUGAAGAAACUACAUAAUCUAAACGGCACACGGCAGUUAAAAAGAGCGGUUACGUAGACCUGCAUGAGAUGGUAAGGGAAGAUUAUAUUCCCGCCUAAAUUAUUUUUAAAAAUUUAAUAACACAUACGUAAUUACAUAGACACAUCUACUGCCUCCAUUUGUUUCAUUUAAUUCUAUUACUUUGGACAUAAUACAUAGGUAAAUACAUAGACACAUGUCUCCACUGUUAUUUCAUUCUAUUCACAGGAAUUACAUAUUCUAAAAAAAUUUAUUUCUAAGUCUUUUUUAAAAAAUAACAGCACUCUGACAAUGUGGGUAUUAUUUUAACACGGUACUUUGGCAUCAUUAUUAAAAUUAUGAACCCUCAAUUAAUUUCUGUUUUUGAUAAUCUCUUAUAAUGUCUGUGAUUCCUCUCCCUUAUCGUCUCAUCACUCUAUUAUGAUGUUUGUUUUACUUUUCAAAUAUCCAAGAUUUAGCAAGCAAGAGACAAGGGAUUUUUACUGCUUCAUGAUUCAAAUAACAAUGUAUCAAAAACAGGCCUAAUGGAGAUGAAAGUCGUUUGACAUGGAGAUUUAUUUAUACAAAUAAUCAUUGAUGCCCUAUAAUAAAGAAAAAUUGGUGAUAGCAACUACCUUCGUUACCUUUAAUGGUGGUUUUUUUAAUGCCAAAUUCACUAUGGCAUGAUUUUGUAAUAAUAGAUCAACUUUAAG